CUUUUCAUCUAUUGAUAAAGUACCAGUCUGUACUGCCUAGUGCAGUCCCCAGACCUACCUAGUGUGAUUAUCAGCAAAUGAGAGUCAGGAUUUAAACAUUUAUAAUUUUUGCAAAUUGUUUGAUGCACUUUAAUAGUUAUGCAGAGUGGGGAAGAGGCUACAUUCUUUUUCAGUUGCUAAUAUCAUAUCAUAUGAAUGAGAUUACUGAAUAGAUUAAAACAUGUGGAGUUCAUUUGCUUCCACUUCAAGUGGUUGACUGGUUAGUUGUAUUAGAGUGCCUAAAAACAAGCUGUUAUGGUUGACUGAGAUAGCAAUCUUUAAGAUUGUUAAUACCUGAUCACAAUAGUAGCAUUUCCCAGUGUCUUUGAUCCUGGUUGUAUUCCAGUGGGAAGUUUCUAACAUGACGGAUAUAAGAAUGAAAGCUCUUCCAUUGUUUAGAGUGUUUUAUAAAAUAUAUGUUAGAGGCUUAAAAUUGGUUUUCUUUCUUACUGUUUAGUAAUCUAUAAUAUCGUACUUUUUUUUUUUUAAUUUAUAAGUAUCUUAUAUGUGUUAUUUCCACCUUUGCUGGCUGCAGGUUUUAAAAUUUUUGAUGGAAAGGAAUAGUAUAAGUGCCCUACAUGGUCAAGUCACAAUUGGUACCCUUAUUUUGCAGGAUUGUGCUGUGGGUUUGCUUUUUGCUCUGCUUCCAGUUCUUGGUGGAACUUCUGGUGUUCUUCAAGGAGUAAUAUCCAUGACUAAAUUGUCACAAUUCCAAGAAGCAGAGAUAGCAAGAGUGACUUACUUGUUAUACGUGAUAAUGGGAGUUUCUUCAAAAUUAUUCAUACGGUCACAAUUCCAAGAAGCAAAGAUACAAAGAAUGAUUUACUUGUUAUAUGUGAUAAUGGGAACUUCUUCAGAAAUAUUUAUACAGUAUGUUUUUACCAAGUUCAAAAUUGCAUAA